GACGUAUUCCGAGUGCGUAAAUCCAGCCGCGUAUCUUUUUUUACGUCUUUAAAUCCUUUCUAAAAGAUAGAACUCUUACAUGUUUACUAGGUGACUAAACAACUCUGCAGGUUAUAAUCUGGGAAGUGCAGUCAUGGGAGUAAUCUCAUGGGUUUUGUAAUAAAAAUCCAUAAACAUUUUUUGACGCAAAUGUGAUAAUUCAUGCAGUAGAGGGUUAAUUAAUUAAUCAAUCAGUUACUUAAUGACACACCUCACAGUGCAUAGUUUUAUUUAUAUAUACAUAUACACAGCACAAAAAAACAACAACAACAAAAACCCAGGAAGUCAGCUGCAGUGUUUCUUUUUUUUUUUUUUUUUUUUCUUCACUUAUUUAAAAAGUUUCAUUUUUUUAUUUUUUAUUUUACUUGACAUAUAUCUCUCAUAUAUAUUCUUUCUCAUAUUUCCUUUUGUCAUUUAUUUUAAACAUGUUUAAGGUGUUAACCCUUUUUGGGUUUUUUUUUUUCUUUAAAAAAAAAAUACUGCUAUUGUUUAUUGGUAGAAGUAACAAUUCUGUUCAUUUUCUUUUAAACUUUUUUUUUUUAUUAUUAUUAUUAUUAUUUAUUUUAUUUUAUUUUUUUACAAAUUUUCUUUAAGGUUUAAGGCUUUUUAUGUGUAUUUUACAGGUGUCCAUGAUCUUGAAGGGCUCUGUAUACUGUCGUUAUUUCUGUGUCGUGGCGUAAGUAUUUGAAUUCUCUGUAAGAAUCCGGACCGUUCUAUUUUUAUUAUUUUAUUUUAUUUAUUUAUUUUUUAAACGUUUUUUUUUUUUUUUUUUUUAAAUCGCACCAUUUAGGACGGAUCAGGUUUUUAUUUUAACGAGCGACGAUAAAUGAUCUUCAUUAAACGAGACACUAUUUGAUGAGUUUUAGAAGGUGCUCUUUAACGAGCCUUUAAUAUUCGUUAGGAAGACUUGAGAAGCGUUACAAACUUUCAUCACCGUAAAAAUAUUUACUACCAAAAUUCUGAGAAUUUUGAAUUCCAUCAGGGUACAGUCAGGGUAACUUUUUUUAUUGUUUUUUUAAAAUUUUUUUAAACCUUUUAUGAUUUAUUAAAAGUAAAUAUUCUCAUAAUGCAUGACGGUGAUUAAAAAUAUCCCACACUUUGAAGCGACAUUAAAAGGAUGAUUGAUUGAUUGAUUUAUUUCAAUUGGGAAGAAUACGCCACAAGCUCGAGUCCUGCCGUGGAGGAGUCCGUACACCGGAGGUCAGGCUCAACAUUCUGGAUUAGUCGGAAGAACGACGACGAGACCGAGGAUAAGUUUGAGCGCGAUGCUUCCACCACCACGCUUCACAGUACAGACGGCGUUCUCGUGGUGUUGGGUUUUUACACCAAAUGUAAAGCUUUGUGCCGAGGACUAAAUAUUCAAUUCAGUCGAAAAACCAUUCCUCAGAGAAAGAAAAACAAAGUACAGUCAGCUCUCCAUAUUCACCGGGGGUAGGGGCGCAGGACCCUGAAAAUCUCUACGCCCCAUAUUUAACAAGCUUAGCGGUUAGCACGUUCGCCUCACACUUCCAGGGUCGGGGCUUCGAUUCCCACCGUGGCCCUGUGUGUGUGUGUGUGUGUGGAGUUUGCAUGUUCUCCCCGUGCUGCCCUCCGGGUACUCCGGUUUCCUCCCCCAGUCCAAACACAUGCAUGGUAGUCUGAUUGGCGUGUCUAAAGUGUCCGUAGUGUAUGAAUGUGUGUCUGAGUGUGUAUGGAUUGGCACCCUGUCCAGGGUGUACCCCGCCUUGUGCCUCAUGCUCCCUGGGACAGUCUCCAGGUUCCCCGUGACCCUGAAGAGGAUAAGCGGUAUAGACGAUGUAUGGAUGUACUACAGCAGAUUCCGUAAUGUCAGGCAACCUGUACGAAGCGUAUCUAAUCAUUCACCGUUUUCACACUGUAAAAUGGAGACACAGGUUUUUCCCCCUCAUUUAUAAUCCAUCAUUCUAGGUUUGAAAUAAAAUCUACGUGAGAAAGGGGAGAUUGAUAAAGUGAGCAAGGGCGGUUAUUAACAUGAUUGAUGUUGGCUAAAAAAGGUAAGAGGAAGUGGUGUAGCGUCGUUAAUCACCUCGGGUCACAGAGACGCUCAAUACACUGUCCAGAGGAGAACGUCAUCAAUCCCGGCCGAGUGGGGAAACCCUUUCAUCAUACGGCCAUUCAGAAGAAAAGUGUGUGAGACAGACAGAGAGAGAGAGAGAGACGCUUCACCGAUCACGUCGUAAACACAUUCAUAUCUCUACAGACGUGUCACUAAUUCAUCUGCUUUGUAAAAGCCUCGUAUAAUAUAAAUCCCUUCUAAUAUAUAAUAUGAGCUUACUUCUCGAGAUAAACAGAUCUAACAUUCAUACAGUGCGAUAAAUAUCGAAAAAUAUCAACCGUGUAUAUUUACAUGGCAUUUCUAAAAAAUCUUAUUGCAUCAUCAUCAUCAUCAAUAUUCAUCAUCAUCAUCAGAGGAUCCGGAAUCUGUCUUUUAUGAAAUCUAUCGUCUACUGAAGUGUCUGCAUUACAAUAAAUAUUUCGAAAACAUCAGACGGAUAUAAAAGUUUCAGGAUAUUUCGCGUUCCGUCAUCGCCGUGAGCUGAGCGUCAGAGACGCUAUGUCAUAAGCUGUUUAUAAAUAUAUCAGCUAUUCAGAACAUCAGGCGUUAUAAACCUUGCUCUAUUUAUUUAUUUAUUUAUUAAUAAUUUUUUAAAAGGCAUUAUAAUUUUUGGUUUGUAAGGCAUCGAAUUCACCGCACGCGGUGUUUGUAACAGUAUAUCAAUACCGCGCGCUUGGUUUCCUUGGUAACGGUGUUGCGAUACCGUACGUCGUGAGCGGUCGUGUUGAUAAUGCGUAAUAAAUAUCGUGUGUAAUACGUUAUGAAUGCUUCUAUAACGUGAUCUGGAUGUGUUCAUAGUUCAUAUGAGCGCUUAUAGCCAUCUCGUACGAGGUGUUAACAGAUAAACCGUCUAAACGGUCUGUUUGUCACCUUCAGAACGAGCUUAUCACGUCACCAGCGAGUGCUGUUUAAUAACGCAUUCAUCGACGUGUGACGUCCACUGUUAAUGUAGCAGACGAAUGAUGUUUCACUAGAUUAUAUUUCUGUAAGUGUUCUAAACGGCGUGUCGCCACCGAGUUAUUUAGUAAGCACUUUAGAAAUGUGCGAUGUACACGGCGUUAACGUGAUGUGUUUGAGAAUUCUGAUAGAAUUAUGUGACGUCAUAAUGAAUAGUUUAUUACAUCGUCUCUGAGGGUCAGGUAUCAGAAAAUGUUCUUUUUAAAUGGAACUGUAAACUGUACCGCAGGGGUGUGUGUGUGUGUGUGUGUGUGUGUGUGUGUGUGUUUGUUUAUUUGUUUGUUUGUUUGUUUGUUUAUUUAUUGCUAAAAGUGUACAAGCCCUUCCCACGUGUUAAUCAAUGUUUCUUGACCUAUCGUCAUAGAUGCUGCUCAUUAACCACAGCGGUGUGUGUGUGUGUGUGUGUGUGUGUGUGUGUGUGUGUGUGUGUGUGUGUGUGUGUGUGUGUGAGACUUCCUCCACCCUCCAUGCUCUUAUUAUAAAUAGGAGUGAAUUUUUAGGAGCGACUUUAUCCACACUCCUCUCUCUCUCUCUCUCUCCAACACACUGAGGAGCUCCCGGCAGAGACAUGAAGAGUGUGAAGAUGUUCGCAGCUUAUGCGCUGGUGUUCCUCUUGCUGUCCUCACUUGUCUCUCAGGCGUGCAGUGCUCCGAAGGGCAGGUUCCAGCGGCGUAACUGGACUCCUCAGGCCAUGCUGUACCUCAAAGGCACACAGGGACGGCGCUUCGUGUCGGUGGACAGAAACGAGGGAGACGUCUUCGACACGCUCCACUUAGAAACGCAGAAUGAAAACACGGAGAAUCUGAGCGUCUCCAAGGCGGCCACCGUCCUCCUCAACUUCCUCCAGCAAGCCAAAGACGAAGGAAUGGAUAACGGAUUAUUCUUGCAAGACGCCCCGGUUUGGAAAAGAGACUACUUCUGAGAAAGGUCCUGCGUUAUAUGAACUGAACUGUACAGUUUUAUUCAUUUCUGUUCUCGCUGUAUUUCCGUCUUGUUUGAGGUAAACUCGUGUUUAAUGGAUAUUUCAUGUACGACGCACAGAUUUUGAACUUCCUGUGUGUUUGUGGUGUUUAAUAAAACUGGAUUCGCAUCCACAGCAUCCGUCGGGCUCCGUCAUGUUUAAGGCGAGGUUUGUUUUCCUUGUGAAAAUAACGUGACAGCCUUUCACUGUGGAUUUUUCAACGCCGCUGCCGCAAAGCGGAUGACGAGAUCGAUCGCGAAGCGUUUCAGGAAAAGCAAGUGAUUUCGGAUUGUAGUCUUGUUUACCGCAUGGAGACACAGACAUGUUUUAAUGGGGAAAUUGUAAAACAUCCUCCUUUAAUACAAAAAAAAAAAGGGGGGGGCACAAACUUUUGCACUCAACUUAUUGUGGUCGUGGUGUCCACAAUCAGAAAUGCCA